AUGGAAAACGACUCCUGGACGACUCUUCUGGGUGAGUACCAGAGCAGGAACGUACCGAAAAUGCCUUCGAACAAAUCAGUGCUCGUGCUAGGUGACACUUCCUGUGACAGCUCUACGCUAAUAGCCAAGCUAAAAGGAUGUAAGGCUGCGGCGGUUCAGCGUUCCGGUCUGCAAUACGAUUACCUGCAAGUGCACGACGAGUACAGGGAAGAGUCAGCUCGCCUAAGCAUUUGGACGCUGGCCGCAGAUCCAGAGCUCAAUGGAUUGCUCAAGUACGCCCUAAACGAGCGAUCCUUCCCCCAUACACUGAUCCUGCUGACCCUUUCCAUGGCAGCUCCGUGGAACUGGAUGGAUCAGCUACAAUACUGGAUGAAAGUGCUAGAUAAUCACAUCGGUGGGCUUGAGAUUGAUGCAGAACUCAAACAUCAGUGUAUGGCACGGUUGAUGGCGAAAUGGCAAAGUUAUUCGGAUCUGGGCAGUGAUCCUCUUCGCAAUUCACCGUGCAAGCGAAACUACGAACCUGUUCCGUUGCCUUUGGAGGAUGCAGUUCUUACGUCCAAUCUUGGCAUGGAAGUGAUCGUGGUAGUAACGCGAAGCGACCAGAUGGCUACACUACGGAGAGAGCUAAACUACCGCGAAGUACAUUUCGAUUUCAUGCAGCAACCGAUUCGACGAGCCUGUCUUCAGUACGGUGCAUCACUCGUUUACACUAGCGUGAAGAAUAACGUCAACUGUGAUCUGCUUCUCCAAUAUCUGAAGCAUCGGAUCUACGGAUUGCCAUUCGGAACGUCCGCCUUGGUAGUGGAGAAGGAUGCCAUGUUUAUACCGGCUGGUUGGGAUAGUGUGCAGAAAAUAGGCAUACUGUAUGAGAGCCUGUACUCUUGCAAACCAGACGACAACUACAACAGUGUCAUUGGGCAACCAUCCCGCGAGAAGUAUAUGCCGGACCGUAGUAUUCAAACUGUAGAUGAGCAGGCGUGCUUUGCUAGGCUGCAGCAAGAGCUUCAGGUGGAUGCAGAAACAGAUGAACCGCUGCCGCGUACUUCUAUCGGUACAGGGACUCCACAACGGACUUCAGAGGCAGCCGACGAAGAUAUGCAAGCUGUGGAAAAGAAGUCCGGCGGUGUAGGUGGUGUGCUGACGGAUUUCUUCAACACGCUGAUGCUUAGAAGAUCUUUCGGUGGCGGCGAUCGGCCGGUUGAGGACGAAUAA